AUGGCAAAGGAGGAAGACGACGACAAUUUGCCGGACAAGGAUGCGGCGAAAGAAUUCUACGCGAGAUAUGAACCGAAGGAAAUAAUAGGCAGAGGCAUAAGUUCAACAGUACGAAGAUGUAUAGAGAAGGAAACUGGAAAGGAGUAUGCGGCCAAGAUUAUAGACCUUAGUCAGGAAUCCCAAGAUGGAGUGGAUACGCAUACUAUGAGGGAUGCAACGCGCCAGGAGAUCCACAUACUGCGGAUGGUUGCCGGACACCCUUAUAUUAUUGAGCUGCAGGAUGUGUUCGAGUCGGAAACAUUUAUAUUCUUAGUGUUUGAGCUGUGCAAGAAUGGAGAGCUCUUUGACUAUCUCACUUCUGUUGUCACUUUAUCUGAGAAGAAGACUAGGUAUAUUAUGAGACAAGUCCUCGAGGGAGUUCGGCACGUGCAUAGUAAGUGCAUAGUGCACCGAGAUCUGAAGCCCGAGAACAUUCUACUGGAUGACCAGCUCAACGUCAAGAUCACCGAUUUCGGUUUCGCGAAGGUGCUCAAAGAUGGAGAGAAAUUAUUCGAGCUGUGUGGUACUCCGGGCUACUUGGCUCCCGAGACCCUCAAAGCCAACAUGUUCGAUGACGCACCUGGUUAUGGCAAGGAAGUUGACAUAUGGGCGUGUGGCGUCAUCAUGUUUACUUUAUUAGUCGGUUGUCCUCCAUUCUGGCAUCGGAAGCAGAUGGUGAUGCUGCGGAAUAUCAUGGAGGGGAAGUAUUCCUUCACCAGCCCGGAGUGGGCGGAUAUUUCAGAUGACCCAAAGGAUUUAAUUAGGCGGCUCCUAGUGGUGGAGCCGAGCGAAAGACUUGGCAUCAUCGACGCCCUCAACCAUCCCUUCUUCAACACGAUGUUAUGGGAUCAAGACAUGAUGCCGCUCAAGAAAUCCUUGUCCAGUACCAGCCGUCGGAUGUCUAGGAUCGACCAGUUGGCUAUGGCUAUAAAGAGCGGCGGGUUCAACGCGCGCGGCAAGUUGCGCGUGGCGCUGGUGGCGGUGCGCGCGGCCGUGCGCCUGCGUCGUCUGCCGCACGCCGCCGCGCGCGCACUGCCGCUCGCCGACGCGCUACGUGACCCCUAUACUAUGCGCGUUCUCAGAAAGGUCAUCGACGGAUGCGCUUUCCGCGUUUACGGGCAUUGGGUGAAGAAAGGCGAGGGGCAGAAUCGUGCCGCCCUCUUCGAGAACACGCCUAAGACGGAGCUGAAAAGCUUGUAUGUCAGCAACCUCAGCCGAUAG